ACAAUCGUAAUUUAGACCGGUGCUAAGUAGAAGGGUUCACCUUCUUCUCCCCCUUAAAACCCUAAGAGCUCGCAGCCGCCGACUGUCCACUGAUCUCUGCCACGUCAGAUUGCUGCUGCUCUGUAGGUAGGAUCUUCUCGUCCACCAAUGGCGCCUAAAGCUGAUGCUACCAAAAAGGCAGACCCGAAGGCUCAGGCCUUGAAGGCUGCGAAGGCAGUCAAAUCAGGGGCACCGACCUUCAAGAAGAAGGCUAAGAAGAUCAGGACAUCUGUCACAUUUCACCGCCCGAGGACCCUGAAGAAGGAGAGGAACCCCAAGUACCCACGUAUCAGCGCCCCUCCGAGGAACAAGUUGGACCAUUACCAAAUUCUGAAGUACCCGCUCACCACCGAGUCUGCAAUGAAGAAGAUUGAGGACAACAACACCCUUGUCUUCAUUGUGGACAUUCGUGCUGACAAGAAGAAGAUCAAGGAUGCAGUGAAGAAGAUGUAUGACAUUCAGACCAAGAAGGUCAACACUUUGAUCAGGCCCGAUGGCACGAAGAAGGCAUAUGUCAGGUUGACACCGGAUUAUGAUGCAUUGGACGUUGCCAACAAGAUUGGGAUCAUCUAAGUUAUAUAUACUGCUAGUUGGCUUUCCUUGUGGGAAGUGGUCUGUCUUGCUUGUAGGAUUCGAAGCUUACUUUGAGAGUUUUUGAAAUGGUUUUAAAUGCCAUAACUACUAUUUUUGACAGUUUGUUUCUGUUAAACAAGACAACAUUUAGAUUCCAGAAGUUUUGUAGCUUCACCAUUGUUCUUUUCUCGACUUCUAUUUACCGAUCCAAAGCAUUUCCUUUUAA